UGUCGGCUUCCUAACGUCACACUUCGCAGUGCACGUAGUGCUAUGGCGGCGACUGAUCCUCAAGCUGCACCGAGCAUGACCUCGCAGGUUUCUCACCGCCCCCCUGUCACGGCUUUGUAUGCUACGGACACCAAGAAAAACGUACGCUUAUUAUGGCAUCAGGAGCCUUGUCCCAGAUUCUAUGGAUCGUGGAUGGAGGCCGCUAUGAAAGGGAGGCGAUUACUAAUGCUGGAUGAGUACAAGGAGACGUAUGAGUUCUCUUCACCAAGGCUGAGCUUUCGCUUCCUCCCAAUACCAGGGGCAGAGUGGGUUGGAACCUGCAAAGUGGGGUGUGCGAAGACCGGCUAUGAGGCCCAAGUGCAUUUCAAGGCAAAGAGUCUGUUUGGCUUGGGAGGUGGUACCAACCGUGUUGAAGGGCGAAUCAAGAGCAUCUCAUCAAAGAAGACCUUGUACGAAAUCGACGGCUACUGGGAUAGUGCUGUAACGAUCAAGGACAUGAGUACAGGAAAGAAGAAGAUGUUCUACGAAGUGAAAGGGUCGAUGGCGGAACUACGAAUGCCUCAGUUAGUAAACCCCCAGGAUGUGGCCCGGACGGAGAGCGUGCUAGUGUGGGGCAAAGUGACGCGGGCCCUGCUGAAAGGAGACUGGGCGAAGGCGUCCCGCGCCAAGAAGGUCGUGGAGGACAACCAGCGAAUGGAAAGAAAACUGAGGGAGAAGGAGGGCAAGACGUGGCAAGCCAAGUUUUUUCAGAAGCUGGACAAUGGCGACUGGGUAUGGCGGUAUCCAGACCAGCCGGUGCUUCCAGCCCCAAUCCAGGUACCGCUACCGACGCAUGGCCCAUACAUAGUAAGCUAAACAAGGCAUGGGAGAAACAGUUAAAACCACCUACCUCAUUCAGGCUUGGAACGGUGAAUGACUCGACCGAUCUAGGAUCGAUCCAGAUUCAGAUUUUGGGCGCGGAUUUGGUUCAGCCCUCAGCCAGAAUAUGUGACUUGGCUGUGGCUUGGCUUUUGGGUCGGCUCACGCACCUUUGGACUCAGCUGUGGUCCGGCUUUUGCAGUGGCAUGGAUUUUUUGGGUCAACUUGGGGUCGACUUCGGCCCAACUUUGGCCACUACGCCGGCUCGGGUUUGACUCGGCUUCGUGCUACCCCCGCUAUCUUAGUAGUAGUUUUUCUUGUAGCAGUUAGUCUGGCCUUAGUGGUGUGAGGCUUGCAGAUUUUCACUUGUAGGGGACAGUGUCAGUGUUGCCAUUUCCUGUCGAUAUGUAUGUGGGGGAAGGCACAGAUGCCACCAUGAGA